UGGCGUCUGUCCAGCGCGUCUUCGACGACUCGACCUUCCGGACCUUCGCGAGAAUUCGCUUCGGCAAGUUUCAGUGCCUUCCCUCGCCAAGUCAAAAGUCCGGAAGGGAUGGUCUGUCUUGCCGGAAGUGCUGGCUCCGGCUGCAAGGCUCCUCCACCAGGAGCCGCUGCACAGGAUCGUCUCGUUGAAGGUGGUCUGUCUGGUAUUUCAGGUGUGGCUUGUGUACCUCGUAUGGCUCGUGUGACUGAUGUGGCUAGUGUGACGAAUGUCAAUUGUAUGUCUGAUGUGACUGCCAUUCCACGUAUGGGAGGUGUGGCCGGUAUGAAGGGUAUGCAGUAUGUAGUCAUCAGUGUGGCUGGUGUGGCCGAUGUUGCUUAUGUGAUUGUGGUGGUUAGUAUGAAAAGUAGACUAGGAAGCUUGUGUGUCUGGCGCAUCCGUUGCGUCUUGUGUGGCUGGUGUGGUAAUUGGGGUUAG